UUUCACAAUUAGUUGUACAUUUCGCUUUAUUGAUUGUAGUUGAAUCAACGAUUGUGAAAAUAGUAAAUCAUCAGAAUGAAGUUACUUUUAUCUGGAUUGGUAAUUGUUUUAAUUGCAAUUAACUUAAGUUCGUCGGUUUCAAUUGACUUGAAUGCACAAUUGAAAACCAAUGAGGCUUUCAACAUUCAUGCAGUUCUGGUCGCUGGUUCAUCUGGAUUCGGAAAUUAUCGUCAUCAAGCUGAUGUUUGUCAUGCUUACCAAUUGCUACGAUCUCAUGGUGUCCCAGCGGAAAAUAUUAUCGUCAUGAUGUAUGAUGAUAUCGCCAAUAACAAGGAGAAUCCUUAUCCAGGUCAAAUUUUCAAUGUUCCAAAAGGACCCAACGUUUAUUCAGGAGUCUCAAAAGACUACACUGGACAUGAAGUGACCCCCGAAAAUUUCAUCAAAGUGCUUAAAGGUGACAAGGAACUCGCAGCCAAGGGCAAAAAAGUUUUGACCUCUGGACCAAAUGAUCACGUCUUCAUCUACUUCUCUGACCAUGGGGCAACAGGUCUUGUUGCUUUUCCUUCAUCGACCCUUUCAUCCCACCAGCUCAAUGAAGCUUUGGUUUACAUGCACGACAACCGAUUAUACGGUAAAUUGACCUUUUACCUUGAAGCUUGUGAAUCAGGGUCAAUGUUUGCCAACAUUUUGCCCUCGAACAUCAGUGUCUUUGCCACUACAGCGGCCAAUCCAGAUGAGUCAAGUUACGCCACUUUCUGUGAUCAACCCGACAUAAUGACCUGUUUAGCUGAUGAAUAUUCAGUUGCUUGGAUUCUUGACUCGGAAAGUAAUGAUCUUACUCAUGAAACUCUUGAAACUCAGUUCAAGAACGUUGUUAAAUCAGUUAGAAAUUCAUCACCUCAAGAAUAUGGUUCUAAGGAUUUGGGCUCCCUUGAUGUUGGUCAAUUCCAAGGAGAAUCAAAUAAACUCGACUCAAGAUCCAAAUUCAUCAAAACUUCAGGUUCGAUUAAUAGUCGAGAUGUGCCUUUGGUCAAUUUGAAACGUCGAUUAGCUUCAAAUGGCUCGAAUGACACAAAAGAAGUUCAAUCAAAACUAUCGACCCUUGUCUCUGGUCGUCGAUUCUAUGAUAGGUCAAUUCGACAAGUGAUCGACGAACUUUGUACCAAUGGAUUCUGUUCACAUGUUUCCGAUGUUCUUUCAAUUCGAUUACCUUUAAUUGACCAUAAAUCUUAUUCCAUAGUGACCAAAGCAUUUGAAACUGAUUGUAUCAACCUUGGUACUCAUUCCUAUGGACUUAAAUACAUGUACGCUUUUGCUAAUAUCGUUCAAUCAAAUAACUUUGAUUCCUCUGAACUUGAACGAUUCACCCUACGAUUACAAAAGGCAUGUCUUAAUCAUCUAACUGGCCACGGAUUUGAAUCAAUCGUCUAAAACAAUUUAUUAAUUGUCAAUGUAUACAAAUAUUAUAACCAAAUAAAAACAAAUCAAUAAUCAUUAAUCAUUAA